AUGCGGGGGAGUGAUGGCCGCUUCAUUAGAGCAUUCACCGUGAACCUUGGAGGGGGUUCUAUCACUCGUGCGGAGCUGGCUGGUAUUGUGUAUGGGUUGGAUCUUGCUUGGGAGCAAGGAGCCAGGAAAGUUCUUCUACAAACAGACUCAAUAACUGCAAAAACCCUGAUUGAUAACGCGACCGAGCAGCAUAUGCAUUUUACCCAGGUCACUGAGAUCAGGAGGAGGCUGCACCGCGGCUGGACGGUUCGGAUUGAUCAUGUUUUCCGUGAAGCUAACUUUGCUGCGGACCACCUAGCUUCCAUUGGGCAUUCGAAACCAAUAGGAGUGCAUGUGAUGGAUAGACCGUGUACUUCUCUGCUGUACUGGCUGUACUUUGAUCGGGUGGGAAGCGAAACCCCCCGUUUUAUUCGUAUGCAAUAA